AACAGCGUAGCAAUUUAAUCUUCCCAAACGUGAUCUCUUUUAACAACUGUGAGCGCUUACAUGCCUGUUGCCAGGUUACCGUCCAGCACUGUGAAAAAGCAGGAUUGUGUACGCGAGUGGCAUGGAGAACACUGCUGACUUGCACCCGUCUCCUAAAGAAUGAAUCACCGAUGCAUUCAGAAACAGGAGGAACGCAAUGAAUAGGCAAGUGUGAUCAGGAUCGAAUCGGCAGCAUUGACGCUGGAGCCGGGGGAAGCAUGCAGCUCCAGUCUGCAGCACAGUGCAAGGUGUGGGGCUUCAUAUUGAAUGAAAGAUGCGUCUUGUCUACAAAAAUGGAAGUCCACCGUGAGCAAAGCAUCUGUCAGGCACGGGCUGCUGUCAUGGUAUAUGACGACGCCAAUAAGAAAUGGGUUCCGGCUGGUGGAUCCACGGGCUUCAGUCGAGUCCACAUCUAUCACCAUACCGGCAACAAUGCCUUCAGAGUAGUGGGGCGUAAAAUUCAGGACCACCAGGUGGUAAUAAACUGUGCCAUUCCUAAGGGGCUGAAAUACAACCAGGCCACGCAAACAUUUCACCAGUGGCGAGACGCACGACAGGUCUACGGCCUUAACUUUGGCAGCAAAGAGGAUGCCAACGUAUUUGCCAGUGCCAUGAUGCAUGCCUUGGAGGUGCUGAACUCUCAGGAUGCAGGCCCCCUGUUGCCAAGACAGACCCCUCAGGUGCAGAAUGGGCCAUCACCAGAGGAGCUGGAGAUACAAAGAAGGCAGCUGCAGGAGCUCCAGCGUCAGAAGGAGCAAGAGAGGGAGCGGCUGGAGCGAGAGCGGCUGGAGCGAGAGCGACUUGAGCGAGAGCGGCUAGAGCGGGAGCGUCAGGAACGGGAGAUGCUGGAGCGGGAACAUGCUGAGAGAGAGCGUCAGGAGCGGGAACGACUCGAGAGGGAACGUGCCGAGCAGGAACGCCAGGAGAGGGAGCGUCAGGAACAGGAGCAGUUAGAACGGGAACGACAGGAACAGGAGCGCGCUGAGCGCGAGCUGAUUGAGAGCGAGCGUGCCGAGAGAGAGAAACAAGAGAGGGAGCACCAAGAGCAGCUGGACAGAGAGCAGAUGGACUGGGAGAGAGGGAGACGCAUCUCCAACGCCGCAUUCGAAAGCACCCUCUACAUGCCUCCACCUCCUGAAUACAAGACCAGCUCCUCUUCACCAAUCUCCCCUUCCACACCAAGCUACCCUCCACCAACACCACCUUCCACAACAACUCCUCCGUCCCCACCCCUUCGUCACUCAGCCUCCCGAUUCGCCACCUCGCUAGGCUCCGCCUUUCACCCGGUCCUGCCUCAUUACGCCACCGUCCCUCGCAGGCAAACCGCUCCGUCCACACCACUGCCCCCUGCCCCAGCUCCAACUCCUCCUUCCAAAUCUGUAGUCUGGACGACCAGCAACUUCACCCCCUUACCGCCUUCUCCACCGAUCAUGAUCAGCAGUCCACCUGGCAAGGCCAUGGGCCCUCGCCCGGUUAUCGCAAUUCCGGCUCCUAGUCCGUUCUCUCAAAAACCACCCUCGCCCAUCACAGCGCCCAACGGGCCACCUUCCUCGCUUCACUUCCAUACCUCAUCCCCCAUCUCGGGUCAGCCAUUUUCUUUGCCACCGACUCCACCCCCUCCGCCUCCCAUCCACUCCUUCUCACCCGUGUCCACCAUGCCCAUCGCUUCCCUUAUGUCUUGUGCCUCACCCCAGCCUGCUGUUGUCCCUUCUCCUUCCACAGCCUUCCCUGCCUCUGCUGAGCACUCUCUAAACUCUGGGUCGGGAGACUCCUACUUCUCCGCUCCAGAGCCGCUCUUUCAGCCAGCUGACUCGCCCAGCCAGCCGGAUUUAGUACAAGGGACGCCCGCCCCUCCACCACCACCACCCCUCCCUCCCUGCUCCACUGUGACUCCAACCACGGCCGGACCUCCACCACCCCCUGGCCCCCCUCCCCCACCACCUCUACCCCCUACACUUACCCCAACAGGCCCACCCCCUCCCCCCGGCCCACCGCCUCCACCCUCAGGCCAGGCUCUGCCACCAGCACCACCUCCACCCCCUGCCCCACCUUUGCCUUUGGGUCUGUUUACCCCCUCACCCACCACAGAAGAGAAGACCCUGUCUGGACUUGCAGCCGCACUCGCUGGAGCCAAGCUACGUAAAGUGCCAAGGAGUGAUGAGCCUCUGGCUCCAGCCAUUGUUGGUGUGGUGGGUUCUGGUGGUGCCAAGCCCGAAGCAGCCCGCGGGAACGGCCCUUUACCUGGAGGAGGAGGUCUAAUGGAGGAGAUGAGCGCCCUGCUUGCUAGGAGGAGAAGAAUUGCUGAUAAGGGAUCAUCACCAGAGCCUGAGCAGAAAGCAGAAGAGGUUGAGGCUACCAUAACACCGAAAGUGUCAGCCUGUAGCACACCAGACAUGCCCAGAAAGCCUUGGGAGAGGACAAAUACCAUGAAUGGUAGCAAAUCACCAGUCAUUGGAAGACCGAGGUCUACACCAACUCCUACCGGAUCCAUAAGUGCCAAUGGGGUGCCAACAGAAGCUCUUGACUAUGAAAGAUUGAAACAGGACAUUCUAGAGGAGAUGAGGAAGGAACUAUCAAAGCUGAAAGAAGAACUAAUUGAUGCAAUCAGGGAGGAGUUGGGCAAGACAAAUUCUGCAUAGGACAAUACAAUGCACCUGUAUUUUUAAAUAUGAUCUGUCUGCUUCAGUUUAAAACACUAUCUCAAAAGCAAUGAAAAUGGAAAUUUACAGUUUUAACCAGUGGUGAUCACAAUAACCAUGUUAAAUUUGGAAGAUCUUUUAAGGGUCAAUGCCAGGAUGGACACAAUUUUGAGCGUGGGGGGCACGGGAGGCGUAUAUCAAGAGGAUGCCCAGACACCUCAACGCAACGCCAUACACCCAAAGGCUCGGAAUCUUGGGGGGAUCAGGACACGGUCUAAAGGAAGUGACUGACAGUAUGCAAUGGAUGAUGCAAUGGAUUACUAUGGAAAGAUAAUAAGAUGACGGAUAAAGACACAAAGUAUUACUGAACUACAUACUGUAUAACUAUUGAAGAGUGAAAUUGUAAAUCAAACAGAUGACAUUCAUUCUGUGGCACAUUGAAAGGGCAGGCUUUGAUGUUUAUGAAUUUAAAAGAUGGUGGGGUUGAAGUAUUGUUAACUGGUUGGCCUUGUAUAGCGCAAAACCUUGAAUUGGGCCAACCAAAUGAGUAUGGUCUAUUGCUGCAGGACUCUAAAGCUUGUCUUCCUAAUACUAUUUUAACCAGAAUAUGUACAUUAAAAUGACAAAAUAAAGCAUUAUACUUGCAAGUCAUUCAAUCAAGCUCUUCUAAUGUACGCCAUGGCCAUACCAGGUAGCUUAAUCGCUCAUGGGACAAUAAGUCUUUCAGUCGGAUUUUCAUUAUUAUUCCGACUGCUUCAGACUUCUCUUUUCAAAAGUAAAUGCUUGACAGGCUGUCUCUAAUGAGCCACUGUUACACGUAUACCUUCUUCAUCUUGUUUGUUUGCUAUCUGUUCGGGAAGAUCACAAGGGACUAUGCCUUUCUACUGUAUAUCAUUGUAGCUCUUUACCAAAAUCCUCUCAGCCAAUCGAAUUUAAGGUUGACGCCAACGUCGACUAGACCGUAUCUGUAGAUAUUGCUAACCAGAAAUACUAUGAACUUUUUAUUCACCAUAGGCUCUUUCGUAUUUUGUUCAAAUUUCAGUGCAUGUAUUCUUAUGAAUGGUAAGGGGAAAAAGGAAUGCCACGAAAAAUGAUUUUGGUUUCAAUUCAUAAGCAAUAAGUGUAGCAUUGUUACUCAUUUUCCCAUAUUACAACUUUUAUUUUCUUUAAUCAUCAACUUUGCCCUCAAAACUGUUGAUGAAUGCGUUUUUUUCUUAAACACUCAUAAAGGACACCUCUUUAUAGCCAUAAUACUUUUGCACGGGUACAACGUUUUACUCAACGGUACAUUUUUUUAUUUUUUAGGAUUCAAGGAUGCAAAAGAUCAUGUAUGGUAACGUAUUCAUUCUGCUUUGGAUAUUUAUCAACUAAAUAAGAAGCAUUUAUCUAAUGAGGGCCAAUAACAGUAAAGACGUUGGUUGAAUGGCUUUGGGAGUUUUAUUAUUUUUGCUUUGACCUCUUUCUGCACACUGAAAGACACUCCGUUCUGAUUUUUCAGUGGGGCUCUAUCUUCCAACAUUCUUUAUAAGGAAUUUUAUUGGGAAAUAUGCUUUUUAAAAUCAGAAAUCUUUGUACAAACAUGACAAGUGUGAUAAUAGACUAUUGAGAACAUGAAAUUGUGACUCAGUUUGCCAUUUCCCCCAUCUUUUCACUUAUGUUUAAAACAAUUUCCUUUUGCCAUUCACCAUCACUCAAAACAAUCUCUCAAGAAAUCACAAAGCUUGUAUGGAGUGUUUACAGCAUUGAUUGCACUUUAAAACCCCAUAGAAAUUCAAAUGAUCACAUUGCUGGGAAAACAGCCAUCACUCUGUGAUUGGCAGUAUCACCAAAGCUAAACGGUAACAAUCCCUAGCAACACAGUCCCCUAGUCCACCUUUGUUUUAACAGAAAAAUAACAAUUGUUGAUUAUUUAAAGCAGGUGAAUUGUUUUUAUCAGGGUUGAUUCAUUCCUGGAUAAACCUGUUUGUGAUCUUCAUGGUUUUAUGCCUUGUUCUUCCUUGACAUUGUUUUGACAAUUUUAUCUGUGCGCACUUUCAAAGUGACACUUCAAUCAUUUUACUAACUGCACGCCUGUUGAUAGGGGAUUGUGAUUGGAUAGUGUAAUCCAGUCAUGUAACCCAGUGUGAUUUUAUUGGUUUAACAAGCCAUAUCCUUGGCUACCUUUGAUUAGAAUACUCACAUGACUGAGAAAGCUGUAUAGGUGAUAGAGAAAUUGUAGGAGAGGGGACAUUUUUUUUCAGAAUAAGUCGGAACAUUUGAAAAAGUGCUUAAAUACGGGAUUGCCCCUGGAAAAACGGGACGUCUGUCCACCCUAAUUCACAUUCUUCUCUCAUUGUCAUUUUUUGUUGCAUUACAGAGGGGGUUUGUGUUACAUUUGGACCACGUAUGCUGGUGAGAUCUGAGAAACUGAUCUUUGUUGUGGUGGAAAUCAGUUGAAAAAAGGUUAUCAAGAAAGUGUAUCAUGUUGUCAGCACAUUGAGACUUGAUUAGGAGAAGACAACGUGCUGAUCAAAUUCAACAAUGUCCUUCAAAUGCAAUUUUAGGUUUUCUUAUCUUUCUAUUUUAUCGUUCAUGUUGUACCAUACUGUUUUCACAUUAAUUAGACGUUUCUUACAUGCUACCAUUGUUUUGUUUGAGCAAAUUCAAUAAAAAUUGCAAU